AGGUACUUGCACAAUAAGGCUGUGCAAAUACAAGAGGAAACGAGUGCUGUCGUCUUUAUGCGACCGACGUCUACAUCAUAUACAGCAGCGUAUUCUCACCACAACAGAAAUUGGUUCAUCAUCAAUAGCCAGCCAUGGACGCAGUCACCAAAACACCGCCUGUCGUUCGACCACCAAACUCAUCUUCUCUCAUCGAUGCCAACAAAGACCUCGAAAUAGCUUCCACCCAACCACCAGUACAACAUCGCCGGCGAGAUGCCUUCAUUCCCGGCUUCCGUGAUCGUCCACCUUUCAUACAGUGGCUCCGGAGAAAUUGGCUCGACAUCGCGACGCAGCUACUGUGUCUUCUCACAUCAUUUCUAAUCUACACCUUCUCCCCGCCGCUGCUGCCACGGUACUUUCCUCUCUAUCCUGGAAUCGAGCGCAGCGGCUUUGGACGCAAGUACGGACAGCCGUACAUGGGCGAGUACGUUUCGACGCUUACCAGUGCUAUUGUGAGCUUUGGUGCCCCAGCGGCGAUCCUGGGUGCUAUUGCUCUGUGGGGAACUAGACGGUUUAGAGACGGGAACGCGGCGCUCAUAGGUCUCGGCUAUGCUCUCGCGACAGCGACUCUGUUUCAAUCCUUCAUGAAGAUACUCAUCGGAGGUCUUCGUCCACACUUCCUUUCCAUCUGCGCUCCCUCUAUACCUCCUUCUCGCCUUGGUCUCAACACCCCUGGCCCGAGCAAUCACCUUUAUUUCACCGCGAGUCAAGUCUGCACUGGGGAGAAAGGAAAGAUCAAGGAGGCACAAAUGAGUUUCCCAAGUGGCCAUGCGUGUGCAGCCUUUGCAGGCUUUGGAUUUCUUGCGCUGUGGUUGAAUGCACACCUGAAGGUCUUCGGUCGAGAACUGCGGAGUGGGUUUCCACAUACAACUGGAGCGAGCAAAAUCGAAUCAAAUGCUGUGGAAGAGAAGCAAUUAGAUGAUGGCCGUCAUCGGGGCAGGAUUCAGCAUUGGAAACUUGUCGUGUUUGCUGCGCCGUUGUGCAUUGCAUUUCUCCUGGCUAGCAGCAAGAUUAGAGAUGGGUGGCAUCAUCCUGUUGAUAUCAUCUUUGGCGGUCUCGUGGGCACGGCGUUCGCGCAUAUGGCGUACAGAAUGGUGUAUCGGAGUGUGUAUAAUUGGCGCAACAACCACAUUCCGAUGGAGAAGUAGCGAAUCCGAUUGAUACGUAUGGUCGAGCAAAUGGUAUCGUCACUGGUCAGACUUUAUUAGCAGGGCUGUAUAAGGGAAUCACCUUUUUCCCGUCGCGACAAAGCAAGCUGAGUAGUCUGCCUUUAUUUUACCUUUAUCGGUUUUCUUAUAAUUCUCUAUCUCAUGAACAUGCACUACCAAAAAUGGUGAGCGCGCGAUUCUUCCAUUGCUCAUAAGUGUUCAUUGCAAGCUAGGACUACUGCGAGUUUAUAUAUACCUGAUAACCACUAUCUCAUCAAGACAACUCACCGUUCUGCCCAAUAGUAGCCGGUCGCACAAACUUGAAAUCCCACAACGUCUUCUCCCCUCCAUCUGCUUCCUUCGACGGCAAGACCUUGACCUGCGACGACCCCUUUUUGACAUCGAAAUUCUGGCCUUGCCUGUCUUGCAUCAUCC